AUGUCAGCUGUCAAUGACACCAACUUCCAAUUUACAGUGUUCCUUCUCACUGGGAUACCUGGGAAGGAAGAUAUCUAUUUCUGGAUCUCUGUCCCCUUCUGCCUAAUGUAUGUUAUUUCGAUAGUAGGAAAUUCAGUUAUUCUGNAGCCCAUGUACAUUUUACUUUCCAUGUUGGCUGUCACAGACCUUGGCUUAUCAAUAACCACCAUACCUACAAUACUGGGCAUAUUCUUGUUCAACUCUAGGGAGAUCAGCCUCGAUGCCUGUUUUUCCCAGUUGUUCUUCAUCCACUUGCUUCAAGGUAUGGAAUCCUCCGUGCUCUUGUUGAUGGCCUUUGACCGCUUCAUCGCAAUCUGUAACCCGCUGAGAUAUGCUUCCAUCUUAACUCCAUCGAGGUUAGCCAAAAUGGUUCUGCUGUGUGUGCUAAGAGGGGUGGUCAUAGUAUUAGCGCUCCCUUUUCUGCUGAAACGGUUCCAGUACUGUCGAGCUAAUGUCCUCUCCCAUUCCUACUGCGUUCACCAGGAGGUCAUGAAGAUGGCUUGUGCAGAUAUCUCAGUCAACAAUAUCUAUGGCUUGUCUACUGCACUCUUAACCAUGGGAUUGGACUCAUUGCUCAUCUUCCUCUCUUAUGUGAUGAUCCUCAAAACAGUGCUGAGUGUCGUGUCCCAUGAGGAGUGUCUCAGGGCACUGAACACCUGCGUCUCCCACCUCUGUGCCGUCCUGCUCUUCUACAUACCAGAGAUCGGCUUGUCUGGGAUACACAGAUUUGGGAAUAGCUCUUCCCACUUGCUUCAGUUUGUCCUGGGCUACUUCUAUCUGCUGGUCCCACCCCUAAUGAACCCCAUUGUGUACAGCGUGAAAAGCAAACACCUUCGUACGAGGAUAAUCAGGGUCUUCAUCAACUUGAGGGUCAGUUCCUCACAAUGCUCCCAUAGUAGUGACCUGGGAGUCAAAAAACACAGGCCACAGCCAUCUAUUCCAUCCUGGACUCUUCCAUCCGAGAAGACAUGA